AUGUCGAGCUCAGAGAUUAAUCAGGUGCUCGCUAACUCGCUGUCUCCGGACGCGAACUUGCGAAAUGCCGCCGAACAACAACUUAACCAGGCCGCGGAGAGUAACUUCCCGCUCUACCUGGCGACCCUGGUGCAAGAACUUGCCAACGAACAAGUGCAAAGCUCCAUCCGAGUUGCCGCCGGUUUGGCCCUGAAGAACGCCUUCACAGCCCGAGACUUUCAACGGCUGCAAGAGCUUCAGACCAAGUGGCUGCAACAAACGGACGACGAAACCAAGUCGCGCGUAAAACAACUUACCCUGCAAACUCUCUCCUCCAGCAACGCCCAGGCCGGCAAUGCGGCUGCCCAAGUUAUCUCCUCCAUUGCGGCGAUAGAAUUGCCUCGCAACCAAUGGACGGACUUGAUGCCCUUCUUGGUCAAGAACGUUACGGACGGCGCCGAUCAUCAGAAGCAGGCUUCUCUCACCACCAUCGGUUACAUCUGCGAAAGCUCCGACUCAGAACUUCGAGUUGCUCUCGUCUCCCACUCCAACGCCAUCUUGACUGCCGUCGUUCAAGGAGCAAGAAAAGAGGAGACCAACAGUGAAGUCAGAUUGGCUGCCAUUACCGCCCUGGGCGACUCAUUGGAGUUUGUUAGCAGCAACUUCAAGCAUGAGGGAGAACGAAACUACAUCAUGCAGGUCGUCUGCGAGGCAACACAGGCCGACGACUCUCGCAUUCAGCAGGGUGCCUUUGGCUGUCUCAACAGAAUCAUGGCACUGUACUACGACAACAUGCGCUUUUAUAUGGAGAAGGCCCUGUUUGGCUUGACCAUUCUUGGAAUGAAGUCCGAGGAUGAGGAUGUGGCCAAGCUUGCUGUUGAAUUCUGGAGUACCGUCUGUGAGGAGGAAGUCAACAUUGAGUUCGACAACGCGCAAGUCGAGAGCUCUGAUCAGAUGCGCAACUUUUACAACUUUGCACGUGUUGCUGCUAAUGAGGUCGUUCCCGUGCUGUUGUCCCUCCUCACCAAGCAGGAUGAGGAUGCUACUGAUGACGAAUACAACAUUUCCCGAGCUGCGUACCAGUGCCUGCAGCUGUACGCACAGGCCGUGGGUGCUAGCAUCAUCGCUCCUGUUUUGCAGUUUGUCGAGGCAAAUCUUCGCUCAGAGGAUUGGCACUUCCGUGACGCCGCCGUCUCAGCCUUUGGUGCCAUUAUGGAGGGCCCCGAUGAGAAGGUGUUGGAUCCCAUCGUCAAGCAGGCUCUGCCCAUCUUGAUCAGCAUGAUGGAUGAUCCGUCUUUCCAGGUCCGAGACUCCACAGCCUUCACCCUGGGACGCGUCACGGAAGCGUGCGCCGAGGCUAUCGAUCCUCUUCAGCAACUACCUACCCUCAUCGAGUCACUAUUCAAGGGUCUGAUGAGCAAUGCCAAGAUGGCUCCUUCAUGCUGCUGGGCUCUCAUGAACUUGGCUGAGCGUUUUGCCGGCGACGUCGGCGCUACUACCAACCCUGUGACUCCUCACUUCAACCAGGCCGUCAGCUCCCUGCUUGACUUGACAGCGAGACAGGAUGCUGAAACGUAUGUGCGCACCGCUGCUUACGAGGUGCUCAACAUCUUUGUGCAGAGUUCUGCUUCAGAUAGUCUGCAAGCCGUUGCAUCACUAUCUGACGUCAUCAUUAAACGUCUCGAAGAGACUGUUCCACUGCAGUCCCAGGUCGUCAGCGUCGAAGACAAGAUCACCCUCGAGGAGAUGCAGAACAGCUUGUGCACCGUUUUGCAGGCCAUCGUCAUUAGACUGGACAAGGAUAUCGGACCCCAGGCUGACCGCAUCAUGCAAAUCUUGCUUCAGAUCCUGAACAGCGUUGGAGGCAAGUCUAGCGUUCCCGAGGCUGUGUUUGGAACAAUCUCUGCCCUUUCCACAACAUUGGAGGAGGACUUUAUCAAGUACAUGGAAGCUUUUGCUCCUUUCCUGUACAAUGCUCUUGGAAAUCAGGACGAACCCAGCCUCUGUUCCAUGGCUAUCGGCCUGGUCAGCGACAUCACUCGCUCUAUGGGCGAGCGCAGCCAACCAUUCUGUGAUAACUUUAUGAACUAUCUCCUAAACAAUUUGAGGAGUACCGCUCUCUCUAAUCAGUUCAAGCCGGCCAUUCUGCAAUGCUUCGGCGAUAUCGCCGGUGCCAUCUCUGGACACUUUGAGACAUAUCUGUCUGUGGUGGCACAGGUCCUCGAGCAGGCUGCUACAGUCACUGCUACCCCUGACGGCCCCAUUGAGAUGGUUGGCUAUGUCAUCUCUCUGCGUGAGGGUAUUAUGGAUGCCUGGGGUGGUAUCAUCGGAGCCAUGAAGUCUAGCGAGAAGACUCAACCUCUACAGCAAUAUGUCCCCGCCAUCUUCAACUUGCUCAACCAGAUUGCCAACGAUACUAUUCGAAGUGAAGGCCUGCUGCGCGCGAGCAUGGGUGUCAUCGGUGAUCUUGCCGAUGCUUAUCCCAACGGUGAAUUGGUGGACGCUUUCCGUCAAGAUUGGCUGACUGCCAUGAUUAAAGAGACCAAGACCAACCGCGAGUUCAGCCCUCAGACCAUUGAGACUGCUCGCUGGGCUCGAGAGCAAGUUAAGCGCCAGCUCGGAGGAGCUCAGACUGUCAUGUCGUGA